UCUCAAGCCUCGCCCCUGCCGUUAAUCCUGGAAGCUUCCGCUGAGUGGGCUCAGAGCCACGCGGCGCGCCCGCGAGCUUUCCCCCCGGACCCGCCGCAGUUACCUCCUAGGGUCCCGGACCCCCGCCUUCCGCUUCCUAGGGGCCUGGAUCUCCUCUCCUGGACUCAAAAGCCUGGCUCCCCUCUUCCCGGAUCUCUGUCUCCCGCCCCCUGGAUUCAGGCUCCCCAGCCUCGGUUUCCAGGACCCCGGCACCCCGGAUACCUGCCUCCCGGAUCUGCGCUACCAGGACCUGACCUCUUGAGGACUCUGCCGCUUGGACGCCUUCAGCCUUCCAGAGCCAAGGACCUCAGGUCCCAGCCUGAUAAACUCCUGUAUUCCCAUCCCUGGGGCCGAGAAACCCAAGUGCUCCCAGAUUUCCGGCGCCGGACACCACCUGGGAGAGCAGAGGAGCCUCAGCGUCCAGCUUGGGGAUCUCAGACACCCCAGGAACCAAGGCGCUGUGAAUUCCCAACUCCGGGGAACCUUCCAAAGUUCCAGCCUCCAGGCUGUGUUACAAAACUCUCCGUUCUAAGGAACGUCGGCGUCCCGGGAAGGAGACCCAAGCGCGCCCAGCUUCCAGGCGCUAAGCAACUCCGGGGCGUUCAUCAUGGUGGCCGAUCCGCCUCGGGGAGACCCCAAGGCUGAGCCCACCGCGAACGGUGCCCCGACGUUGGUCCCUAUGGAGGACCCCGGCGCAACAGGAGGCGGAUGCGGCGGUUCCCGGGACCGGGUGCGCCGCUGCCUUCGCGCCAACCUGCUCGUGCUGCUGACCGUGGUGGCCGUCGUGGCAGGCGUGGCGCUGGGUCUGGGGGUCUCGGGGGCCGGCGGCGCGCUAGCUCUGGGCCCCGCGCGCCUGGCUGCCUUCGCCUUCCCCGGCGAGCUGCUGCUGCGCCUGCUGAAGAUGAUCAUCUUGCCGCUGGUGGUGUGCAGCUUGAUCGGCGGCGCCGCCAGCCUGGACUCGAGCGCGCUCGGCCGCCUGGGCGCCUGGGCGCUGCUCUUUUUCCUGGUCACCACGCUGCUGGCGUCCGCGCUCGGCGUGGGCUUGGCGCUGGCCCUGCAGCCGGGCGCCGCCUUCGCCGCCAUCAACGCCUCGGUCGGGACCUCGGGCGCCGCGGAAGAGGCCCCCAGCAAGGAAGUCCUGGAUUCGUUCCUGGAUCUUGUGAGAAAUAUCUUCCCCUCCAACCUGGUGUCCGCGGCCUUCCGCUCAUACAGUACCUCCUAUGAAAACAGAUGGAUCAAUGGAACCAAGGUGAAGGUGCCCAUUGGCGAUGAGGUGGAGAGUAUGAACAUCCUGGGCCUGGUGGUAUUUGCCAUUGUCUUUGGUGUGGCUCUGCGGAAGCUGGGGCCUGAGGGAGAGCUGCUCAUCCGCUUCUUCAACUCCUUUAAUGACGCCACCAUGGUGCUGGUCUCCUGGAUCAUGUGGUAG